UCAUGGCAACUGACGAGAGAAAUUUUCGUUCUACAUAUUACGAGAAAGUAGGCUUUCGAAGUGUAGAAGAAAAGAAAUCGCUAGAAAUUUUAUUGAAAGAUAAACCACUGGAUCGUGGGAAAUUAAAACAGUUUUGUUUACGCUUUUGCCUUCCCGCUGCUUACAGAAACUUGAUAUGGAAAUUACUACUAGGUGUAGUUCCAGUUCACGUAGAAUGCCAUGCUUUUGUAAUGGAUCAGAGAAAACAGGAAUACAAUGAUUUAUUACGAGCACUCAAUGUGAUGAGAAUUAUAGAUUCAUGCACUUCGAAGCCACAAGUAUUUUUAGCAAUGUGGCUAUUACAAACAGGAAAUUUUACUUAUGAUAUUAAUUUAAUCGAUGAAAAAGGUUUUGUCCCCAUAGUACAAUCUGUUAUGCAGUUUUUUGAUGAUGAGACAGAUGUAUAUUGGAUAGCAAAAAGUUUUUAUGACAAUGUUCACAAAUUCCAGACUGACGUUCCAAAACUCAUAGAAUGUUCCCAUAAUUUGUUAGAAAAAGAAGAUCCUGAUUUAUAUAAACAUCUGCAAAAGAUUGGAGUCCUAGAUAAUUUACCUUUGGCAAAAUGGUUUGACUGUUGUUUUGCGGGAGUACUUAAUGAAACUGCAUUAGCAAAAAUAUGGGACAAAAUUUGUGGUGGAUCCUACAAAAUUUUGGCAUACGUUGUGGUUGUGUUAUUAACAAAUUUAAAACAUCGUCUUUUAAAAUGCAACAACCUUGUAGGUGUUUUGCAGUGUGUGAAAAGUAUUCCAGAAGAAACUGCUGAUAUUAUAGCAAAUAAAUCUAUAGAUAUGUGGUUGCAUCAUGGAAGUCCUCUUACCGUAUACGAUAAACCAAAACCAUAACUGUGAUAUUUUAAAAAUAUUUCCAUAUCUUUUAUUGUUAUUUAAAACUUGUUAAUUUUCAUAUUUGUAUUUUACCGCGUCGCGUGUUGUCAACCAUUUGCCAAUUUGCCAUUAGCUGCUUGGCCGUCAUUGGUUUGUCACUUUUGCCAGUAUAGCCAACUAUUUUCAAUAAAUAAGUUAUCUCAAAUGUAAAA